UUUCAUCUGAUUUUUUUCUGUCAAAAGAAGAUCCACCGUUCAUUACAUUCACUAUUUAACACUCCGACAACCAUCCUUCGGUCAGAUCUAUUUACUCCUCGGUAACCUCACCGCCCCCUAAAAAUCUCCCCCUUUUUUUCGAGCAAACAUUAAAAGCUUACAACACUGUUGUAUUUGCUUCCUUCAAGCUCCCCUUUUCUCUCACCCGCCAUCUCUACAAUGGCGAUGAGAGCUAGUAAGCUCUGGCACUCACCCCGCUCUUCUAGGCGACGCGGUAGUUUUGGGGUUGGAACUGCAGUAGAAGUCCGAUCCAACGACGACGGGUUUGAGGGCGCGUGGUUCGAGGCCACAACCCGAACCGGCGUCAUCAAGAACCGACGAUACGCUGUCACCUACACUGACUUCUCUGCGGACGGGGAUCCCUCGAGUCCCCUCAAGGAGAUUGUUCACUGCUCCUUAGUUCGGCCUCGACCGCCGCCUGAGGAUUUUGACGCUGCGUUUGAGCUCGAGCAGUGUGUUGAAGCUUUUCGUAAUGGAGGAUGGUGGCGGGGGGUCGUGAUUAAGUUGCCGGAGGGUUUGGAUGGGUUGUAUACUGUUUAUAUUCCGAUGACGAGGGAGCAGCUUCGGUUUAAGAGGGAGGAGAUGAGGAGGCAGAUGGUGUUUGUGAAGGGGGAGUGGAGACCCGUUGAAGAGGCCGUUCAGGAAGGACGCGAUGCGACAUUUGUUCAGGGCACAAGAGUAGAAGUUAGCCGUGAUGAAGAGAAUUUUGGAGCAGCUUGGUUUGUUGGAAAUAUUCUAAAGGUCAUAGGGAAGACGAAUUUCUUGGUGGAGUACGAGAAGCUUAAAGUAGAUAGUGACAAUUCUACAGAAAAUCCACUGAAAGAGAUUGUUGACAUACAAUAUCUUAGGCCUUGUCCCCACAUAGCAGUUCAUACUCAUUUCAAUGUGCUAGAUGAGGUUGAGGGAUUCCAACAGGAUGGCUGGUUUACUGGGGUCGUUUUAGAAAUACUUCCUGAGUCCCGAUACAUUGUUAAAUACAAGCAUCAGGAUAAGGAAGUGGUGCUUGAUGACACGCUAUUGAGACCCUGCCACAUCUGGAGGAAUAACCACUGGGUUCACACUUCUCCGGGCCAACAUAGCAAAAAACAGACUCACACAAAAACCACAUCAGCCAUUCGCCAACAGAAGUUUACAGCCGGAAAAAGUUUUGAUCAUCCCAUUUCAACUUUGACGUCUGGUGAAGAUGAUGCUGAUGCUACUGACAGGUCAAGUUUAUCAGGUUCAAAACGUAAAGAGGCAGAGAGCACAAGUCAAGGUCUAAUUACAUCAUCCCAAGCUAACCAAAAGUCAAAGAGUGUUAGAUUUUCUAUUCAUGCGCCGGCGUUUAGAAAUACUGAUGAUGGAAUUAUUUAUGGAGCUGAUGCUGCAGAUUUGAACGAUAAUGAUUCCACAGUGCCCAAUCUUGAAGAUUAUUCUGAAUUGUUUCAGGCUUGCAAGGAAGCGGGGAAAGGAGACUUGCUAGAAGAGAAUGUGAAUUUAGUAGGUGAUACCAUCUCAGUUAGCGGAGAAAAGAGACCCGAUGCUGAUGAAGAAAGUACCCUUCCAUUGUCAUCUUCAAGCAAUAAUGAUGGUGAAGGUUCAGACGUAUCUGGUUUUUUGAAUUUGAAGGAUAAAAAGUUCAGGGAUCCCAGCUUCAAGGACAAUUCAUUUGAACCUAGCAAGAAUCAAAAUAAACGAAACUCUCUGGAAGAGAACGUGCAGCCAAUAGAUGACACAUUGAUGAAUUCUGGUUGGAAAACCCCUGCUAAAGUAGGAAAGUGUUCCACUGCCUCAAGGCUGACUGUAGAAAAGGACACAACUUUCGUUACUCAUGAAAGUACUGUUUCCGAUGGUAAAGUGGCAUCAAACUACCACCCAAUUCCUUUGUCUAGAGAGUUCUUCCAUGAAAAAGGUUCAUCUUGUAUGGGUGGAACUGAUGGACCGAUAAUUAUGAGGAAGGAAUCCACUGGUUGCUUGCGGGUGGGAACUGAGCAUCAACCAGUGGAGGCCAAUUUGGUCUGUUCGCCACCAACUGGACCUGAGGUUUCUGAUUUUGUUCCGGCUGCCAACAUGGGAAAUGAUAUCUGUGAUCCUUGUAGGAGAGAAAACACCAAAACACAUACAAAGACGAUAGUGCGGACCCCAGAACUACAAAGGAAGAUUCCUGAUGAUGUUGAUUUCUCACAACACAAAGAGGAGCUGAUGGAGCAUAAUGGAAGCUUAUCUACAAACAACAAAAUCAUUUCCAUGAUUGGUAAUGAUACUGUUUCUUUGCCCAACAAGGAAGCAAACAUGAUGGAAGCUUCUCCUCUAACUCCUCGAAUAGAGUCUUCCAAAAGGUCAUCUGGUAAGGACAUUGUUAUGGAUUGUGGGACACCGUUGAUUGAUUCCUCUCAUAUGGAGUCAUCAUCAGUUAGGUCAGUAUUACCAUUCAUCAAAACAUCAUCUGAGGUAUGGAAUUUAGUCGAGUCCAGGGAAGUCUUUAGAAUGUUACCCCAGCGGCCACAUUUCCAGCCAUUGCUGCAUCACGCCAAGCUGCAUCGCGAAGGAAUUGCCAUAGGUUUAAUGAUAACUUUUGCCAAUUUAGUGACAGACAUAGGCAAGUUGCUCAUUGUUGAUUCUACAGAUGAUUUCGAGGAGAAAUUGAAAGUUCUUGAUGAAAUGGAAUUAAACGGAUUCAAUGUUCAACCAGUGCGUAGUCGCCUAGAAAAGUUGAUUGAGAUACGUAGUAUGCUCAGUCAGGCAGAGGGCAAAAAGCGUUCCCUCAAAGCAAAAGAACUAGAAGUACAUGAUGAGAAGGAAAAGAUGUACCAGCUACUAUAUUCAGUAGAUGAAAAGCUCAAGCAGCUUAAGGAGAAAAGAGAAUCUACAAUUCUUGAGAUUAAAAAGAGUGAAACUGAAAUUGGAGAGCUGGAAAAGGGUGUCAAAGCAGCUGAAGAAGUCAGUAAAUCCGCUGAACAGCAGUUCGUUGCCACGUUAACUGCUCCGUGGAGAUGAGGGAACUAUGUUAGUGCACUUGAGGUACUCUUUUUUGUGUAAAUACGGUAUCCUGGUCAGAAACACUUACCCUCUUUGUUUUGCCCUUUUGAGUGUCAGAAACAGUAACAUCCCUGAUGGAUAUACUUCUAAUUUAUUGGCGUAUUUAAAGUUUGAAAUCAUAUGAUGUUUCUCAUUGUUUCUUGCAUAGUAACUUCUACAACUGAAGUUCUGUAAGCCUGAAUUUUUGAAACUGGAUUUAUGUUCAGGUAAUUCAGGUUAAAUCCGUUGGUGUUAUUGAUAUAAUCAAUGGAGAUGGUUGAACUACGGACUGAGAAUUGUUGUCUUGCAACUGCUUUGUUCUCUUUUUGUUUUCUUCCUAUUUUUAAUGCUGACGUGGUGUAUCAAUUUCUGUGAAUCAUGGAAUUACGGGAUGGUUGUUUAGGA